AUUCUAAAAUUCUCUAUUUUAUCACUACCUAAUCUUACAACGUUCCACAACUAGCACAAAAUAAAUACAAAUGAAAACAUGAAACCUCGUAUACAUGGUAUUAAUACCGUAAUAGGACCGCGCUUAAUCCCAAAGUCUUCCAUAAUAAUCACCUCUGAAAAAUAAAUAAUGUCUUCCAUAAUCACAGAAAAAACUCACAAGAUGGAGAACGUUAACAAGGAAAGCAAUGAGAUUCUUCCUUUUAUGAAGCCACAUUGGGACUCAUUCAGGCAACUGCUUCAGUCUCAACCCACAGGUGGUUGGCAAAAAUGUUGGGAAGAAGAAAUGACUCCAUGGGAUUUGGGAUUUACUACUCCUAUAAUCCAACAUCUUGUCCAAACUGAUGCCUUUCCUAACGGUAAUAGGGUUUUGGUACCCGGAUGUGGCAGUGGAUAUGAUGUGAUAGCAAUGGCCUCCUCUGAUUGCUACGUUGUUGGAUUGGAUUUAUCUGAAGUUGCCAUCUCAAAAGCGAAAAAGCUCGCAGCUUCAUCAACAAAUGUCAACAGUAUGACUUUUAUACUCGAUGACUUUUUCACUUGGAAGCCAGAUGCACUAUUCGAUAUCAUUUUUGACUACACAUUCUUUUGUGCGCUUGAGCCAAAUAUGAGGUCAGCUUGGGCUACUAACCCAGAUGGAGAGCUCCUAACUCUCAUAUUUCCGAUAAGCGAUCACGUUGGUGGACCUCCAUAUAAAGUUUCUGUUUCAGACUAUGAAGAAGUGCUUGCACCUUUUGGAUUUAAAGCGGCUUCCGUAACAGAGAACCAACUGGCAGUUCAACCACGCAAGGGUUAUGAGAAGCUUGGCAGGUGGAAGAGGACUCCAAAUCUAUAAAUUACAUGGCUUUGUUAUGCUUGUAUAUAAGUUACUAUAAUAUAAUUUCUCUUAGACUCUUCUAAUAAGCUCUUUAUGAGAAUCAAUAUAAAAGAGACGUAUUCCUUAUGUGGAAUAUAUAAGCACAAUCACACCUGUAUUUCCUUCCUUUGAAAUAAUUAAACGUUUGAAUUUGUUUCCUAAUUUCUUAUGUGGAAUAUUAUAUAUUUAUAUAAGCACAAUCACACCUGUAUUUCCUUCCUUUGAAAUAAUCAAACGUUUGGAUUUGUUUUAA